AUGUGUUUUGAAACUGGACAGAGAAUGGCCACAGUUUUGCUACUACUGUCCACUUUGAUAUGGGCUGUAAACUGUUCGCAUCUCUCCAACACGAUAGAGGAUUACCAGGCAUUGACCAACAGAUUACUGGCUAACUACUCAAGUAAGAUCAGGCCUAUCUGGGAUCAAGGCCAGAGCCUCCCUAUACAAGUCAGUAUGUGGGUGGCUAGUAUCAAUGACGUCAAUGAUGUCGCUCAGAAGAUGGUAACCACGGCAUACUUGUACGUCACGUGGACAGACGCCAUGUUGACUUGGAAUUCCACGGAAACAGGGAUUUAUUGGAUGCAGUUUAAUCAGAAAGAUUUAUGGAUACCAGACCUGGUGCUGAGUAAUGGAUUCACGGCCUUCAAACCUCUGGGUGGUGAUUUCUAUUAUCUUUACGUGGGCAGCGAUGGAUCAGUGUCUUGGUAUCCCUACAUGGUGUUUGAAUCCAAGUGUAAACUCGAUGUCUCAUUUUAUCCUUUUGACUCGCAAACAUGUAAAAUCCAGUUCAAAAGUUGGAGCUAUAGCCAGUGGGAAGUAAAUCUAACUAUUUCUGAUGAGAAGAUUGGGUUUUACGAUUUUGUGGAAAACACCGUAUGGGAAGUGACGUCAACAGAUGCAGUAAAUGAAGAUGCAAACAAUGAACCGACAGUUGCAUUUAUAAUUCAUCUCCAGAGAAAAUCUUUAUAUUAUAUCAUGAAUGUGUUUCUUCCUAUAAUUUUUCUGGGUAUACUCAGUCCCGUGGUAUUCAUUAUCCCAGCUGAUGCCGGAGAGAAAAUGGGUUACGCCGUCACGAUAUUUCUGACCUUUGUCGUGUUUCUAACUAUUGUAAGUUCGAACCUUCCAGUUAAUUCUGACAGUGUUUCGUACAUGGCAGUUUACCUCCUCAUCAAGCUUAUGUUUGGUGCCAUGAUAAUCGUCAUAACGUCAAUACAAUUACGAAUCAACCACAGGAAGUCAGAAAGGGAAAUUGGGAAAGUGUUCCAGGGUCUAGUUAGGCUGGAGCGUCGUCUGCGAUGUGCAGGUCAAAGAUCGGGCUCGGACCUUCCGGUUAUGGCGGACAAAGGAAAGGCAGAGGCCAUUGAGGAGGAUAUAAGCUGGAAUGACGUGUCUUCUGCCAUUGACUUUUAUUCCUUUUGGUUCCUUGUCUUUGCAGAUAUAACAGUUACUUCCUCCAUAUUUACAUAUACUGCGUUAAAUUAGCUCCACUAU